AUGUUCACUGUUCAGUUUAUGAAAUGUUUUUUGCUUGUUAAACAUUUUCAAGCGGAAAAAUCAAGGCAUGGAAAUGAUAAAAUCAAACUUCGCAGUGAAGCAAAGGAAACCUUAAAAGCGUCACUGCAAAUUCAUGUUCAAAUAUUUAUUGUUAGAUAUUUUGAAAACGCUGGGAAUUCUGUGGUGGACAUUCGAUUUGAACUGAAAGCAUUUCAAUGUUCCAUACAACUUAAUUUGCAUUUGUUAUCAGUUUUAGCAUUUUUGGCGCAUGAAUUUAACAGCGAAAGAAUAGCCAAGCGAACCAUGACAUGA